AUGGAAGACAUUUUACAAGUCAUCUGUAUUGGCUUAGCUGUUGCAACUUUUCUUCUCAACACUGGUCGUGGUUUCAAAGCCAUUGAGGUCUGCAAAGAAUGUUUGAUUUUCCUAAAUAAUGAAGUGCCUGAAAAAGAAUACAAAUAUUUCAAUUUAGUUAACAUUGUUAUACAUAAAACCCUGUUCAUAGCGUACUCUCUUGUGACUGAUUACACAAAUACAACAAAAUACGGCUGGAAACUUCUUCACUUUUAUCGCGAGUGUGGCGAAACAGCCAAGGAAGGGAAUAUCACGCUAGCGCUGGCCAACAUGUGUGAACACCAAUUCAAAUACGCAGAAGCAAGAGAACUUUACAACAAAGCCAUGAAAAUCAUGAGAGAAAUAGGCGAUAGAAAUGGAGAGGCUUAUUCUUCUGGGAAGUUUGGAGCCAUGUCUUAUCGUCUCUGUGAAUAUGACGAAGCUAAAUCAUAUCUUGAGAAAGCACUUGGUAUAAAAAUAGAAAUUGGUGACAGACAGGGAGAAGCAACCUGUUACGCAAGCUUAGGAAUUGUAUCUGAAUCUCUUGAUGAAUAUGACAGAGCUAAGGAAUAUCUCGAGAAAGCACUUGCUAUCAGAAAAGAAAUUGGUGAUAGAAAAGGAGAAGCAACCUGUUACGGUAACUUAGGAGUUGUGUUUCAAUCCGUUGAUGAGUAUUACAAAGCUAAAGAAUGUCUUCAGAAAGCACUUUCCGUCAGGAUAGAAAUUGGUGACAGAGAAGGAGAAGCAGCAGAUUACGGAAACUUUGGAACUGUGUUUAAAUCUCUUGGAGAAUAUGGCAAAGCUAGAGAAUAUCUUGAGAAGUCACUAGCCAUUAGGAUAGAAAUUGGUGACAGAAUAGGAGAAGCAAGCUGUUACGGAAACUUAGGAGUUGUGUUUCAAUCUCUUGGCGAAUAUGGCAAAGCUAAAGAAUAUCUUGAGAAAGCACUUGCCAUCAGGAUCGAAAUUGGUGACAGAGGAGGAGAAGCAGCAGAUUAUUGCAACUUAGGAGCUGUGUUUAAAUCUCUUGGUGAAUAUGGCAAAGCUAGAGAAUAUCUUGAGAAGUCAUUAGCCAUUAGGAUAGAAACUGGUGACAGAGGAGGAGAAGCAGCGGAUUACGGCAACUUAGGAGCUGUGUUUAAAUCUCUUGGUGAAUAUGACAAAGCUAAGGAAUAUCUUGACAAAGCACUUGACAUCAGGAUAGAAAUUGGCGACAGACGAGGAGAGGCAGCAGAUUACGGCAACUUAGGAGCUGUGUUUAAAUCUCUUGGUGAAUAUGAACAAGCUAAAGAAUAUAUUGAGAGAGCACUUGCCAUCAGAAUAGAAAUUAGUGACAGAAAAGGAGAAGCAAGCUGUAAAGGAAACUUAGGAAUUGUGUUUGAAUCUAUUGGUGAAUAUGGCAAAGCUAAUGAAUAUCUGGAGGACUCACUUGCCAUCAGUAUAGAAAUUGGUGACAGAGAAGGAGAAGCAACCUGUUACGGAAACUUAGGAAUUUUGUUUGAAUCUCUUGGUGAAUAUGACAGAGCUAAAGGAUAUCUGGAGAAAGCAGUUGCCAUCAGAAAACAAAUUGGUGACAGAGAAGGAGAAGCAGCAGAGUAUGGAAACUUAGGAAUUGUACUUCAAUCUCUCGGUGAAUAUGACAAAGGCAAAGAUUAUUUCGAGAGAGCCCUUUCAAUUAGUCGAGAUAUUGGAGACCUUGAAAAAGAGAUUGAAUCUCUUUGCAACCUUACACAGGUGGAGUUAUCCCAAGGGAAGAUCCAGGAGGCGUUGGACUAUCUGCUCUUGAGUAUGGACAAAAGCGAAAGUUUGCGUGGUUUUCUAAGAGACAAUGAUCAGUUUAAGAUAUCGUUUUCAGACGUUUACGAUUUUUCUUACCAGAAACUUAGUUUACUGUAUUGUUCAUCUGGAAAUCCUAACAAUGCCCUUUACGUUCAAGAGUUGGCACGAGCUAGAGCCUUGGCAGACUUGAUGACGAUUCAAUAUUCUGUUACAUGGGAAAUCUCAGCUAAUCCGAUGUCUUGGUUUGGCAUUGCGAAUAUUAUGAAAAAACAAAGUAACUGCACUUGCCUGUACAUUUCUUAUAAUUCUCAAUUUGUGUUUUUGUGGAUUCUUAAAUCAAGCGGUGUCAUUCAUUUUCGGACAAUAAGGGUACACGAGAACAUUGCUGGUGCAGGAUCACUUGGCAGUUUAGACGAAUACUUUGCUAAAAGUUUUCGAGGUUUUGAUAUUUCAUCUGAGGGAGAUUGCGAAGAUCGAUCAUUAAAUUGCAUGGAGUCAGAACUAAGUUCAAGCCAAGAAGAGGGCCUCGCAUCUUUGCGACUUGAAGAAGAUGUAGAUGAAAGGAGUGAAAACCCCGAGUCAAGCCUUUCUUUGUAUCACAGAAUGAUUAUCGGUCCUGUUGCGGACUUGCUUAAGGAGCGCGAAAUCAUCAUUGUUCCUGAUCGCUUCUUGAACCAACUUCCAUUUGCCGCAUUAAUUGAUAAAGAUGGAAAGUAUUUAUCCGAAACAUUUAGGAUUCGCAUCGUUCCUUCUUUGACGACUCUCAAGCUCAUUCAGGACAUUCCAGCAGACUAUCAUUAUCAGAAUGGAGCCCUGAUCGUAGGAGAUCCAGAUGUUGGUAGAGUACGUUACAAGGGAAGCAAAACGAAGUUUUCUAGAUUACCCUUUGCAGUAAAUGAAGCGGCCAUGAUUGGGCGACUGCUGGGUGUACAGCCUUUGGUAGGAGAGCACGCCACAAAGCAGGCGGUACUUGAAAGGUUACCUUUAGUGGGCCUGGUGCACUUUGCUGCACAUGGUGAUGCCGAAAGAGGUGAAAUUGCCCUUUCUCCCGUACGCUCUACUAAUAGAAUUCCAAAAGAGGAAGAUUACCUUUUGACGAUGCCUGACAUUGCGCAAGUUGAACUGCGAGCUAAACUGGUGGUACUUAGCUGCUGUCAUAGUGCACGUGGGCAGAUAAGAGCUGAGGGAGUUAUUGGAAUCGCUCGAGCGUUCUUAGGAUCUGGUGCACGGUCAGUACUGGUGGCUCUUUGGGCAAUAAGCGACAGUGUUACAGAGCAGCUGAUGUGUCGUUUCUACGAGCAUCUUGUUCGCGGGGAGAGUGCCAGUGAAUCUCUUCACCAGGCCAUGAAAUGGAUGAGAGGUAACGGCUUUGCCAAGGUUCGCGACUGGGCACCAUUUGUGCUGAUUGGAGAUGACGUGACAUUUGACUUUGGAAAAGAGGAAAAAUACGAGUAG